GCAGACGCCGGCGCCAUGGCGAAGCCCCCGACGACCAGGAGAAAGCGCAAGCAGAUCAGAUCGCGGGAUCGUGGGGUGGAGAACGUGGCCGAGUUGAAGAAGGGUUUCAACCGCCACCUGCACUUCACCCUGGUCAAGGACCGCAACGUGGCCACCCCCCGCGACUACUACUUCGCGCUGGCGCACACGGUGCGCGAACACCUGGUGGGCCGCUGGAUCCGCACCCAGCAGCACUACUACGAGAAGGACCCCAAGAGGGUUUACUACCUCUCCCUGGAAUUCUACAUGGGCCGCACCUUACAGAACACCAUGAUAAAUCUGGGCCUGCAGAACGCCUGUGAUGAGGCGAUUUACCAGCUUGGACUGGAUAUCGAGGAGCUAGAAGAAAUUGAGGAAGAUGCGGGCCUUGGCAAUGGAGGCCUUGGGAGACUUGCUGCCUGCUUCCUGGACUCCAUGGCAACCCUGGGUCUGGCGGCCUAUGGAUACGGAAUCCGAUAUGAGUACGGAAUUUUCAAUCAGAAGAUUCGAGAUGGAUGGCAGGUGGAAGAAGCAGAUGAUUGGCUGAGACAUGGCAACCCCUGGGAGAAAGCCCGCCCAGAGUUCAUGCUUCCGGUCCAUUUCUACGGGCGAGUGGAGCAUACCAAGAAUGGAAUCAAGUGGGUGGAUACCCAGGUGGUCCUGGCCCUGCCCUACGACACGCCGGUGCCCGGGUAUAUGAACAACACCGUCAACACCAUGCGCCUCUGGUCUGCUCGCGCUCCCAACGACUUUAACCUCCGAGACUUUAAUGUUGGUGACUACAUUCAGGCAGUACUUGAUCGCAACCUUGCAGAGAACAUCUCCCGGGUCCUGUAUCCUAAUGAUAAUUUUUUUGAAGGGAAGGAGCUGAGGCUGAAGCAGGAGUACUUCGUGGUGGCCGCCACCCUGCAAGAUAUCAUCCGGCGUUUCAAGGCCUCCAAGUUCGGCAGCACCGAGAGCGUCCGGACCGUGUUUGAUGCUUUUCCAGAUCAGGUAGCCAUCCAGCUAAAUGACACGCACCCUGCCCUUGCUAUCCCUGAAUUGAUGAGGGUCUUUGUGGACAUCGAAAAGUUGCCCUGGGCCAAGGCCUGGGACAUCACCAAGAAGACAUUUGCAUAUACCAACCACACCGUCCUGCCCGAAGCCCUGGAACGGUGGCCUGUGCAUCUUGUGGAGAAGCUGCUGCCUCGGCACCUGCAGAUCAUCUAUGAGAUAAACCAGCGCCAUUUGGAUGAAAUUGCAGCCUUAUUCCCCGGGGAUGAGGCUCGGCUACGGAGGAUGUCUCUGAUAGAAGAGGAAGGAGUCAAAAGAAUCAACAUGGCCCACCUCUGCAUCGUGGGUUCCCAUGCUGUGAACGGGGUGGCUCGGAUCCACUCUGACAUAGUGAAGAACGAGGUGUUCAAGGACUUCAGCCAGAUCGAGCCGGACAAGUUCCAGAAUAAAACGAACGGCAUCACCCCGAGGCGCUGGCUCUUGCUGUGCAACCCGGGCCUGGCCGAGCUCAUAGCCGAGAAAAUAGGGGAGGACUACGUGAAAGACCUGAGCCAGCUGACCAAGCUGCACGGAUUCGUGGGCGACGACGUCUUCCUCCGUGAAGUGGCCAACGUUAAGCAGGAGAACAAGCUCAAGUUUUCUCAGUACCUGGAGAAGGAGUACAAGGUGAAGAUCAACCCGUCCUCCAUGUUUGACGUUCAGGUGAAGAGGAUCCACGAGUACAAACGGCAGCUCAUGAACUGCCUGCAUGUCAUCGCUAUGUACAACCGUAUCAGGAAGGACCCUAAAAAGUUAUUUGUGCCCAGGACGGUCAUAAUCGGAGGCAAGGCUGCGCCAGGAUAUCAUAUGGCAAAGAUGAUCAUCAAGCUCAUCACAUCAGUGGCCAACGUCGUCAACAACGACCCGGUGGUUGGGAGCAAGUUGAAAGUCAUCUUCUUGGAGAACUACAGAGUGUCCCUGGCCGAAAAAGUGAUCCCAGCCACCGACCUGUCGGAGCAGAUCUCCACGGCCGGCACCGAAGCUUCGGGGACGGGCAACAUGAAAUUCAUGGUGAACGGCGCCCUGACCAUCGGCACCAUGGACGGAGCCAACGUGGAGAUGGCAGAGGAAGCUGGAGAAGAGAACCUGUUCAUCUUUGGCAUGAGGGUCGAUGACGUGGCCGCCUUGGACAAGAAAGGGUACAAGGCUCAAGAAUAUUAUGAAAAGCUUCCAGAGUUGAAACAGGCCAUCGACCAGAUCGCCGGUGGCGUCUUUUCUCCGAACCAACCUGACCUCUUCAAAGAUGUAGUCAACAUGCUGUUCCACCACGACAGGUUUAAAGUGUUUGCAGAUUUUGAAGCCUAUGUCAAGUGUCAAGAAAAAGUCAGUCAGCUGUACAUGAACUCGAAGGAGUGGACCAGAACGGUCGUGAAGAACAUAGCGGCCUCGGGAAAGUUCUCUAGCGACCGAACGAUCAAGGAGUACGCUAGGGACAUCUGGAGCACCGAGCCUUCGGACUUGAAGAUACCUCCCCCUAACGAACCUAGGGAUGAGGUGAAACAAGCGAAUGGUAACAGAGUUGAAAAGCUAAGGAAGUAAACUGCUUAAAGGGAGACAGCCCGCUAUUUUAUAGGUCGUGCCUUUUUGUAAUGUGCUAAUAAUGUGUAAUUACAACUAUCUCUAGGGGGUGGGGUACUUUUUAUGGGUUCAAGUGCUGAAAUAAAAAUGCCAACUUAAAGGACUA